AUGGCAUCCAGUGGUAAGGGAACUUCAUUUGUCAAAGCAAAGAGGAUGAAGGAAUUCAUUUCCCUUCUUACAUCUGCAGCUUGUGAGUGGGUUUUGAUAUUUCUGCUGCUACUAGAUGCCUUGCUGUCAUAUAUGCUCACCAUGUUUGCAAGUUAUUGCCGACUGGAAUUGCCUUGCUUGUUGUGUUCUAGGCUCGAUCACAUCUUAAGCCGUGAAAGGCCAGAGUUCUACGAGAACCAGUUUUGCAGCAAUCACAAAUCAGAAAUAUCAUCUCUCGUUUUGUGUCAUAUUCAUGGUAAGCUAGAAAAUGGGCAUAAGAUGUGUGAUGAUUGUCUUCUGUCAGUCACUGCAAAGACCAAAAGAAAUGGAAAAUCUCACAGAUUGUUGGUGGGUAAAUUUGGGCUGGUUCUUGGUGAUUCUGGUUUCAAAAGUCCAUCACUAAGCAGAGAUUUGUUUGCUGGCUCUAAGGGUGCAAGAUCAUGCACAAGACAGUGUGCUUGUUGUGGUAAGGUUUGGAAGUCAGAUCAGAACUCCCCAAGAUCUAUCCAACUAAAAUCACCUGGGAGAGCUGUACUUAAGCCAUAUAUUCCUUUGCCAUGUGCACCAAGGCAAAGCCGUUUAAAUCACCGGGAUAACAUGUGGAAAAUGAAGGAUAAAUUUUGUGGAUUAGAGGGAAAAAGCAAUUUUCAGCCGUUAUCUCAUGGUGGGUACUCUGAGCUGAGACUGGCUUCAGAUUCUGAGUCUGAAUUUCCAUUUUCAGAUGACGAUGAUGUCAGCAUCAGUAGUGUGUUUCAUGAGAACAUUGAAGCCAUUAAUGACCCUAUGGCUCAAAUUGCAUCACCACCUCCUACAAAACGUAUUCCGAGUGAUUCGAAUCCGGAAAAGUCAAGUGGUAGUUCUGCCAAACCCAUGUCUUCAGAUCAAUGCGUGGAGGCUAAUGUCAGCAAACAUCAAGACCUAAAUUCCAAUUGUGCAGUAGAAAUUAAUUUGCAGCAAGCAAAUGAAGAGUCAUUCAGUUCUGACCUGGCUGAGCUCAUUUCACUAGAUGAGGUUUCACCAUCACCUAUUGUUAUGAAUGUUCCUAAUAGAGAAUCGAAACCAGAAGACAGUAAGAUUACUUCCUCUCAGGAUUCUCUUCCUGCUUCCUUAUCUGAGCUUCUGUCUUUGAACGGAGCGCAUGCACACGCUGGAGCAUCAUCAGAAAAAACUGUAGAUGUUGCUCAAGCAAGUGAUACUGGAAUGGUAUCUGAAAAGAAUGAGGAAGUUUUAGAGAAGAUUGGUACAGAGGAAGAAGCAACUACUGAGACUGAUCCGGUGGUAUGUGAUGCUGCUCCUACAAAUCCUAGUCAAGAGAACUCAAGUAACAUGAAUACGUUCUCUGUCGUCACUAAGGAAAGAGAAGAAACUGGUUUUGUCAUAAAACAACCAACCACUGAGGAAGUUGAUACCAUCAAGGAAGAAGCGGAGCAAAGACCAUCCGAUAAUUCUGCUUCUAAUGGGUCUAACAUACCAUCAUCUUUUCCUAUAAAUCAUGUUGACUCACCUGAGACACAUGCUGAGGCUUCUAGUAUAAAUGGAGUUCAGGUACUUCAAAAGUCAUCCUCGGUGGAAUCUGAUCUUGAAUCUCUGGAUGAUAGCAAUAUUGCUGAAAUUGAAGGAGAGUGUUAUGCUGAUAGAUUGAGGCGACAUAUUGACUAUUACAGGAAAUGCUUGGAAUCUUUACACAAGGAACUGGAUGAAGAAAGAAACGCUUCUGCUGUUGCUACAAACGAAGCAAUGUCUAUGAUUACAAGGUUACAGGAGGAGAAGGCAGCACUGCAGAUGGAGACUCUUCAAUAUUUAAGAAUGAUGGAAGAGCAAGCACAAUAUGAUAAUGAUGAAUUGCAGAAAGUCAAUGAUCUACUCACUGAAAAGGAAAAGGAGGUACAAGAUUUGGAAGCUGAGCUGGAAUUUUAUAGAUCAAACAUGCCGGAUGUUGAGCCAAUGGUCCACAAUAUGCAAAAGGAAAGUUGGGAUUUGAAACGAGAAAAUGACAUAGCACAAAAUACUGGUGUGCCUAACAUCCUGAGCAAUUUUUCCAGUUUAAAGAAUGAAUUAUCCGGAGGUUGCGAUGAAGCUAUGAUUGGUGGAACCUCGGUUUUAGAAUUUGAAGAGGAAAAGGAAUACAUUACUCAAUGUUUGAAAAAUUUGGAACAGAAAGUUCAUCAAAUUUAUUUGCAUGCGCCUAAAGACAGACAUGAGAAACUUGAAGUCAGUAGUAAAUCAAAUCAACAAGGAGCUUGUAAUGGUGAAGGCCCUCAAGUAGAUGGUCAUGACGAGACUGACUUGUCCAUACAGAAAAACAUUAGUAUGUUGAAUGGAAAUCAUAUUGAUGAGGAUGGAUCAGCUGCUACAGAUGAUUGUUCUCUUAGUGUAGGAAACAAUCAUUCUACGUCUCUUGGACCCACAAUCUCCACACCCAGAAGAGAACUUGAACUGGUUGCUAUAGAGAAUGAAAUAUCAGACCUUAAUGACCGGUUAGAAGCAAUUGAACUUAAUCAUGAUCUUCUUGAGCACCUAACAAAUUCUCUUCAUAAUAGCCAUGAUGGAAAAAAAUUUAUCCAAGACAUAGCUCAUCGAUUGCAUGAGCUACGGAAAAUUGGAACAAGAUGA